AUGUUGAACUGGGCAGUGUUCUCUAUUGUGUGCACUGGAGUUGAGCUUGCUGCCACUCAGUAUCUCAACAGUAGACAAAGAGCUCAAUUGAAGAUCAAGACUAUACCCAAUUCACUUGCCGCCUACAAUAUAACAACACCUGAACAGUUUGCAAAGUCACAACUCUAUGGAUAUGAUAAGUUAGUGUUUAGCUCAGUUAACAAAGUGACUCAGUUCAUUCUGAGUGUACUAUCGAUAUGCUUCCAACUAUUACCAUUCCUCUGGACACUCUCCACCAACAUAUUACAAACAUUCAUCGACUCUGACAAUGAGAUACUUAUUUCAAUUGUACUGUUGUUAGUAUACUCUGUUAUCUAUACGAUUAUCGACCUUCCAUUCUCCUACUACUUUGCAUUUGUGUUGGAGGAUCGACAUGGAUUCAAUAAGAUUACAACAAAGCUCUUUAUUAAGGAUAAGAUUACUGUACUUUUACUUAUUACAGCAAUUGGAUCACCUAUAUUGGCUUGUUUGAUCUCUGUGAUUAAGUGGUCAGGUCCAUUAUUCUGGUUCUAUUCAUGGCUAUUAUUACUUGGAUUCUCAUUAUUGUUGACAACUAUCUAUCCAAUAUUCAUUGCGCCACUGUUCAACACAUAUACACCAGUCGAAGGAGAACUACUCCAGUCCAUAUUAACGCUUGCCAAGCGUGUUGAUUUCCCUGCCACCAAGGUGUACAUUGUUGACAACUCAAAGAGAAGUGGACAUAUGAAUGCGUACUUCUAUGGAUUCUUUAAAAACAAGCGUAUUGUAUUGUAUGAUACUUUGGUCAAGGAGUUAUCUCAUGAUGAGGUGUUGGCCAUCCUGUGUCAUGAGUUUGGACAUUAUAAGAAGAGUCAUACACUUCGAUUGAUGGCCUUGCAACAGGUAUACAUGUUAGCCUUCUUCUACCUGUUUGGACUGUUUGUCAACAACAUCAAACUCUUUAAUGACUUUGGUUUCGAUACGCCCAAUAUAUUCAUUGGAUUGCUAUUGUUCUCAAACAUCUACUCGCCAAUGGAUCAAAUCUUCACGUUUGUCUGCAACAUAUUCUCCAGAAUGAAUGAAUAUGAGGCUGACGAGUUCGCUACACAUCUUGGCUAUGAUCUUUCUGAUCCACUGGUCAAGCUGCACACCAAAGAUAGCUCGUCUCUCCUGGUCGACCCAUGGUACUCCACCUACCACUACACUCAUCCUACCCUCCUGGAACGAUUGAAUCAUUUGAAAUCCAUUACACGAAAGACAGAAUAA